AUGACAUGUGGCACAGCUGGCAGCAGCUGUGAGAUCCAGCAGAGCGCCUCCUCCUUCUUCUGCAAGAACCUCUGCUUUGACUACUGUGCCUCGUGCACCCCACUCAAUGGUGAACAGCCAACUCCGCCACCCUUCUCCCCCUCGUCCCCUCUCACCUCCUCUCCCUCCCAGCCUCGCGCUCAUGAGUCCCCCGCCUCCUCCUCUGUCCUCUCUUCUUGCCUUCUCCUCACCACUCGCCCCUCCUCCCGCUCCCCCACCCUCCACCGGGUCGCCAACCUUCGCAAUACAUCCCACGUCUUCAGUCGCUCCCGCUGUCCACAGUUCCCCAUGUCCCUCGUGGCACAGGCAACGGAUGGGUGGAGUGACGCUACCAGGGUGGAGAAGCAGGGGUGGAGCAGUAGGAGCGGUGGGGGGCGGAGGUACAAGGCAGUGAGUCCAGUGGAUGCGCGGCAUGAGUGGUUCGUUAUGAGGCGCGGCAACGACGAGCUUUCCACAAGAUUUCAGAAAGAGGUGGCCACGCUUUGGUCCAUCCGCCAUACCAACCUGCAGCGACUCCUGCGGUAUUGCUGGGAGAAGCGUGGCACUGCCCUUGGCCGUCACUCGCCUGCUGCUGCUGUCGCUGCUGCUGCUGCUGGGGCUGCUGCUGCUGCUGCUGCUGGGGCUGCUGCUGCUGCUGCUGCUGCUGCUGCUGCUGCUGGUUGUGUACACUCACCCCUUCCCCCUGCCCCGCCACCCCACUCUCGCCAUGCCCAUCCCUCCCUUUAUGCCUGUGCAUCUUUGCUUGCUUGUUCCCCUCUGUAUGUUCCCUCUGUUCCUUAUGUCCCCUCUCCCCCUCUCUCCAUCUACUCCCCUCUGCCCCCCUCCUCCUCCCGCUAUGCAAAGGGCUGCGUGCCUCUGUCCAUGUGGCACUGCCUGGAUGUGACCACGGGUGUGCUGCGGGGGCUGAAGCACAUCCAGAGCCAUGGGGUCGUGCAUGGCCGCAUACACCCACGCAAAAUCCUGCUCGACACCGCCGUGCAAGUGCAGUGA